UUAGCCCUAGAAUUCUCAUCACUCUUUCGAGUCUCGCGUUUUGUUCAGUGUCGCAGACAAGCCUCUCCACUUCAGAGAGCCAGACAAGGAGAAGAAGGGGAGAAAUCAUUGGAAGGAAAAAAUAAAUAUGACGGACUAUGAAGGGAGAUACGAAGGGAAUGGACAAGAUUUUGACAAUAACUUCGUCGAUGCCUCCUCUCCACAACCUCGUGUUAGCGGCCAUGGCGGUGCCGAUGAUCUAACCGAGUCCAAAUCUCAGCAUGAAUCUCGGGAUCAUGAAAGAGAAUCAUCAAGAAGUAGGGAAAAGGAUCGGGAAAAGGGGCGUGAUAGAGAUAGGGAUCGAGACCGGGAUCGGCAUAGGGAUAGGGAUAGGGAUAGGGACAGGGAUAGGGAUAGUGAAAGAAGCAGGGACAGAGACAAGGAUAGGGAAAAGGAUCGUGAUCGUCAUCAUAGAGAUCGUCACAGGGAUCGAAGUAGGGAGCGCAGUGAAAGAAUAGAACGCAGCAGAGAAGAUGAUGAUUAUUACAAGAGUAGAGACUAUGACAGACGAAGAGAUCAUGAUAGAGACAGAGCAGACAGGCACCGGGGCCGAUCUCGAUCCCGCUCACCUUCUCGUUCAAGGGCUAAAUCUGAGCAUGGAUCAAGGUCACGAUCCCGUUCACGUUCAAAGAGCAAGAGGAUCAGUGGAUUCGAUAUGGCACCUCCUGCUUCUGCAAUGUUGGCUGCUGGUGCUGCAGCAGCUGCUGCAGGUCAAAUCCCUGGGACUAAUCCUUCACUACCUGGAAUGUUUCCCAAUGUGUUUCCUUUGGCGACUGGUCAGCCGUUUGGUGCUCUCCCUGUUAUGCCAGUUCAGGCCAUGACCCAGCAGGCUACUAGGCAUGCGCGGCGAGUCUAUGUUGGAGGUCUCCCACCUACAGCAAAUGAACAGUCUGUAGCAACUUUUUUUAGUCAGGUUAUGGCAGCAAUAGGGGGGAAUACCGCCGGUCCAGGUGAUGCUGUUGUCAACGUGUACAUAAACCAUGAAAAGAAGUUUGCUUUUGUGGAAAUGAGAUCUGUUGAGGAAGCCAGCAACGCAAUGGCUCUUGAUGGGAUUAUAUUUGAGGGAGCACCUGUGAAGGUUAGAAGACCCAGCGACUAUAAUCCAUCUCUGGCGGCAACUCUAGGUCCUAGCCAGCCCAAUCCCAAUCUCAAUUUGGCUGCUGUUGGUCUGACACCUGGUUCUGCUGGUGGGCUUGAGGGUCCUGACCGUAUUUUUGUUGGUGGGCUUCCCUACUACUUCACAGAAGCACAAAUCAGAGAGUUGUUGGAAUCUUUUGGACCCCUUAGAGGUUUUGAUCUUGUAAAGGACAGAGAAACAGGAAACUCGAAGGGCUAUGCUUUUUGUGUUUAUCAGGAUCUCUCAGUUACAGACAUAGCAUGUGCAGCUCUCAAUGGAAUCAAAAUGGGUGACAAAACUCUUACGGUCAGACGUGCAAACCAGGGUGCUAACCAACCUAAACCUGAGCAGGAGAAUGUCUUGUUGCAUGCACAACAGCAGAUUGCUUUGCAGAGACUAAUGUUACAGCCAGGUGGAGUGCCCAGCAAGGUUGUUUGCCUGACUCAAGUGGUUACUGCAGAUGAACUCAGAGAUGAUGAAGAGUAUGAAGAUAUAUUAGAAGACAUGAGACAAGAAGGCGGAAAGUUUGGUCCAUUGGUGAAUAUUGUCAUUCCACGUCCAAAUCCAAAUGGAGAAGUAGGCCCAGGUGUUGGAAAGGUAUUCUUGGAGUACGCAGAUGUAGAUGGUGCAUCAAAAGCCCGAGGAGGGAUGAAUGGGAGGAAAUUUGGUGGCAACCAAGUCAUGGCUGUCUUUUAUCCAGAGAACAAAUUUGCCCAGGGGGACUAUGAAGGCUAAUGACUUACUUUAUGUUGCCUGGAUUUUGCUUUCACAUUUGCUUUGUUAGUAAGUAGUAGAUAGGUAAUGAAAAUGUCUUUAAUGACAGCUAUAUUAGUUGUGUUUUGGCCAUUGUUGACAGCUAACUGGACUCAGAAACACCAAGAUGGUUUGUUUAUUGAAACUGUAGAAAUGAAUGUCCUUUUGGAAUUUAA